UAUCACUUCCGCCAUCAGAUGAGAAGCACUGCGCAACCGCAACCUCAGUGUACUGUCAACUUUCGUUGAGGACUGACGUGUGUUAGUAACCUCGUAUUGCAACCUUGAAAAUUGAUUUGUUAUUUAAUUAUAUGACUUCGAGGAAGUCAAUUAAUAAAUUUAUUGAAGAUUUAAUGUGAUUAAAUCUGGUUUAUAAUUUUUUAUAGAAUUUAAUUUCAUUCUCGUGUGGGUUUGAGAUUACUAUUCUGUAAACAAAUAUGGCGGACGCCAUGAUACAGUCUCGUGAUAAUAAAUCAGAGAAAACGCCUGAUAAGAAGGCAUCAAGUGUAGACGAUGACUAUUUAAGAUUAGAGGAUGAAUAUGCUUUACUCUUUGAUAAACCAAAGGAGGCUAAAACAAGGUCGAAAACUUCUAAGGCUUCGUCCAAGUCUGCUUCUCAGGGGAAGCCCCCUUCCUCGAGUACGCCGUCCACUUCUAAAGCAAAGUCUAGUACUAGUAGUGUCGGUGGUGACGCUAAUAAUAACAAUGAAAUGCUAGAUAUAUUGAAGCAGAUAAGAUCUGAACAAGUGAAAACCAACAGUAGGGUUGAUAACAUGCACAAGAGAAUAGACGCUCUUUAUGAUGAUGAAUAUCAAUAUGAUGAUGAAAAUCAAAACGAGUCUGAUUGUUAUGAUGACGCUUGUGACGAGGUCCAAGCAGAUAAUGAAAAAAGGGAUGAACCCCCUAGCAAGAAACAAAAAUCUGACUCUUGUGAAGAGACAAGAUUUGCUAGCAUGAGCAAAAAAUUUAGGUCUGGUGAAAAGUAUGCACCAUCUAUUAAUGAACAGUUGGCUAAUAAUAUAACUGAUAUUUUUAGAAAUGGGAUUUCUUCUGAGAGAUUUUCAGAUCUCAUGAAAGAUGAGAAACUUCAGAGACCACAAAAUUGUGACGGUCUCGUUACUGUUCAAACUGACCAGGUUAUUUGGGAUAUUUUAAGUCCCGAGACUAAAACAGUCGAUAACAAAAUGAAAACUAUUCAGUCUGUAGUUGUGAAGACAGCUACUGUCAUGGCUAAAGUUAUUAAUAAACUAGAUUUAAUGUUAGAGAAAGAGGAGUGUACUGAUCAUAGUAAUAUGUUAGACGACUGUAUGGAUUCACUCGCUCUGAUGGGGCAUGCUAACAGAUUAGUAUGUUUGAUGAGAAGAACUCUCAUGAAGUAUGAUAUUAUUGGUGAAUAUGGACAUUUGCUGAAUGCUACAGUCCCUUAUGAUAAAAACCUAUUUGGUGGUGAUGUGGUCAAAACUGUUGAUGAUAUUGGCAAGUGUAGUAGAAUAUCAAAUAAAAUCCGAGGAAGGGGUGGUUUCAACAGUGGCUUUAAUAGAGGCGGUCGUAGACCUUGGUAUUUUAGGAUCUCUGGUAGAGGCACAGGCCGUGGUAGAGGUAUCGGCCGUGGAAGAGCAUCUCGUGCAGGCUCAGAUAAGACUGGAGAAUCAAAAAACUCCAGGUGGACUCACAACAAAUACAGAUAUUAAAACCUGAUGUUUUUACUAGGCAGAUGUGUACAGAAGAUCUUGAAAGACAAGACAACAGUUAUUUUAGUAGCGCCGUUAUGGCCGACUCAAGCAUGGUUUACUCUGGUGAUGCAGAUGUUAAUCGAUACACCCAUACUGGUUAUAGCA